UGAUUGGGUGGGUGCGCCAAGGGCGACCGGAGGGCGGUGUUUCCAGGGAGUUGGGAGAACCGUGUUCCCUCAAUUCUACAGUCCACCGCUCAACGGCGGGGGGGGAAACUAGAAGGGCAUGCCAAAUAAUUUUUUAAUCGAUACCCUAUUACAGACGUACUUGGGCGGCUAAAUAUGGACCGCACACAGUUUUCUAACAAUGGACGUUCUGUUCACACGGAGAAAGGAAAUAUUUUUGUGUUUUAAUGGGCGUUCACCACGCCGCUGCCGUAGCCUAUGGUUUUGCAAACAGGUUGUUCGCUCGCCGAAGUGGACUGGCUAGCUGACGCUAGCUCUUUUCACGUGAGCUGCUGGAUGGUAAAAAAGCCUUUGGAUUACAGAGUUUUUAAAAUCUUCCAACGAAUUGUUCUGGAUUUGGGACGAUGACUUUUUGUGUUUAUCCUAUUGUUUUGACGGUGGAUUCAUGGCUAUCAAACUCGUCCGGAGUCAUAUAGACGAGGAAAUGAAGAAAGAAGACGGAGUGGAUUUAUCUUUCUAUUUUUUAUUUAAUUGUUAUUCUUUUUGAAUUUUUUUUUAACAACCAUUGGACCAACUCUUAAGUACUUUCGGAUUUUCCCCAUUCGUCGCUCAAUGUGGUCUACAGAGGGUCUUUGUCUUUGCGAUUUGACGUGAGACGAUGGCCACACUUUGGGCAGAUCCACCAAAUGAUGAAGACGACGGGAGAAGAUGUCCAGCGGCUUCUACUGCUUGCGAGGCCAAGCGGACCGAUGGUCGGGAGAGGGGGCGGGGCGAGGGCGUGUCCUCGACGGGGGAGGAGGAGGAGGAGGAAGAGGAGGAGCUGUUCUCCUGGCCCGGGCCGAAGACUCUGCGCCUCCUGCGCACCUCCCAGGGGUUCGGCUUCACGCUGCGCCACUUCAUCGUGUACCCCCCCGAAUCCGCCGUCAGCUCCCGCCUACAGGAAGAAGACAGAGGCCGGAGAGGGAGACCGCGGAACAGGCUGGAGCCAAUGGACACCAUCUUCGUCAAGCAGGUGAAGGAAGGAGGCCCCGCUCACGGCGCCGGACUCUGCACAGGUGAUCGCAUCGUGAAGGUGAAUGGAGAGAGCAUCAUUGGGAAGACCUACUCCCAGGUCAUCGCCCUCAUACAGAACAGGCGCCGACGACGACGACAGCAGCCCCAGGAGCCAACCCCGCGCUCUGGCUAUGCGCCUGUGCGCUCAUCUCUCCUCUCCUCUCUCCUCCUCUCCUCUCUCUCCUCUCUCUCUCUCUGUCUCUGCCUGCCUCUCUGUCCGUCUCCACUCCUCCUCCUCCACCUGCAGUUUUCCAGGGAAAGCGUCGCGCCGGCGUAUUCCCAGGACGCCUAUCAGAAGGGCCAUGGGUCCUACAGCGGGAACGCCCUCCACAUCCCCGAGCCGCCGCCCCUGCGCUACCCGCGCGUAGAGCCUAAACCCGGCGGGAUGUCCCACAGCCCCGAGCCGGCCCCCGCGGAGCUGGCCUACCGCCUGGAGAUCCCCGUGCCCCCCUCCCCGCCCCCCACGGGGGCCGCAGGCCAGGUGGAGCCCCCCGGCCUUUCGGGGGUCUGCCACAGGACCGAGGAGUGGCGGUACGGGGCGGGGCCUCCAGACCCGAGCGCGCUGAGGACCAGCCGCCCCGCCCCCGCCCCCGCCCCCGCCCCGCCCCCGCCUGGCCCGUUUCAGCCGCCCGGCCCCCCCCGCCCCCCCACCCCGCUCGCCCGCUGGACACCGCCGUGUUCGCCACCCGGCUGCCCCGCCUCCGUCAGGACCUCGCUGGCGGAACCCAAUCACUACGCCCCGCCCCUCCCCCACUCCUCCUCCGCCUCCUCGGCCAAUCCGGCGCCGGCCUCCCGGCAGAGCAUAGACUGGCGGACGUACACGACGUACCGGGAGUACGUGGACAGCAGGCGCAUCCGCGCGUACGGCGGCCGCACCAUCCAGGAGCGGCUGGACAGCUUCCGGGCCGCGGAGUACGACCCGGCGUCCCGCGGGUCCCCCGGGCGCCGCCGCAGCACCUCCCACGACCGGGCCGCCCUUCACCACCCCGGCCCCGCCCCCUGCCCCGCCCCGCCCCCGCGCAGCAUCUCGCACGACCGCCUGGGCCUGGGGCUGGGGGGCCGCCCCGCCGCCGCCGCCGCCCCGCCCAGGGACUGGACCCGGCCCGCCCCCCGGGACUCCAAACCGCGCGCCCGCUCCUUCGACUUCCUGGAGCCCUCGGAGAGGCGGGGCUUCGGGAGGGCGGAGCCUGACGACCGGCUCCAGCAGGGCCGCCCGCCCGGCGCGCAGCCCCUCCCCCUGCAGCGGCCCGGCGCGGCCCCCCCCCACCUCCACCACCAACAGCCCCCCCUCCACAGGGCCCCGCCCACUGCGGGCCGUGGCAACAGUUUCCGGGCGGGGCCUGCCCCUGCGCCCGGGCUCACCAAAGGUACGGAGCAGCUGCUGGGGUCCCACGCGGACGCCCCCAAAGAACAAAGACCGGCGGCGGUCACGGUCACCCCCUCCAGCAAUGGGAAGGGGGCGGAGCCGGCGGUGGUCCUGCGGGAGAAGCCGCCCACGGGGAGGCUAGGCCCCGCCUCCCAGCCGCUCCGCCACCCCUCCUACAUCCUGGCCGUGAGCGAAUCGGACGCUGGCCCCGCCCCCGUGCCGGACUCGGCCUGCUGGCUGCCCAAUGACGCGCGGCGGGAGCUUCGGAUCCAGCAGCAGCAGCAGCAGCAGGCCACGCCCCCCGCCCCCGACGGCCUGGACCAAUCGCUGGACUCCAUCCCCUUCAUCGACGAGCCUGCUAGCCCUAGCGCUGACCGUGACGCUGCACACAUUCCAGCUUCCGCUGUGAUCUCUGUCUCUCCCGCCAUAACUGCGAUCCACCCCUGCCCCCUCAUGCGCCGACAGCUGUCACAUGACCAAGAGUCCCUCCGGCACACCGUUCUGGAGUCGGAGUCGGGCCCCAAAUCGGAGCGCUCCAAGUCGUACGACGAGGGCCUGGACGACUACAGGGAAGAGGGGAGAGCGAGGACGUCCAUUAAGCACUUAACCAGCCUGAGAGGCCUGAGGAAGGCUCUGGACGGACACAAGUCCUCGGAUGACUCUGGGUCCCGGAAGGACUCCUCCUCAGACAUCUUCAGCGACUCCUCCAAGGAGGGCUGGCUGCACUUCCGACAGCUCAACACCGAAAAGAGCAAGCGGGUCGGUGGAGGCAUGCGUCCCUGGAAGCUGAUGUACGUCGUGCUGCGUGGCCACGCCCUCUACCUCUACAAGGACAGGAAGGAGGGGCUGGCGCACGCCGCGGCCGCCGCUGCCCCCGCCUCCUCCCCCUCCCCUUCCCCCGCCCCCUCCCAGCCGGACUGCGAGCCCCAGCCAAUCGGCAUCCGGGCCUGCCUGAUUGACAUCUCCUACAGCGACACCAAGCGCAAGAACGUGCUGCGGCUCACCACCUCCGCCUGCGAGUACCUGUUCCAGGCCGCGGACCGCGAGGACAUGCUGGCCUGGAUCCGCGUCAUCCAGGGCAACAGUAACCUGGGCAACGAGCAGAGUGCCGGUGUCACCAGCCAGGACCUGAUCAGCCGCAAGAUAAAGGAAUACAACACCAUGAUGAACUCCCCUAGCAGUAAGUCAGAACCCUCUCCAAAACCUUCCCGCCCGUCCCUCAGCAUCAGACAAGCCCUGCUGGGGGGUAAGGGGGAGGGCACGACCCCCAGCCCCCCCUCGCCCCGGCACAACUCCGAGAGGAAGCCCCUGCAUAGAGAUGAGAGCAGCCCUCCCCGGGACAGGGGGACGUGGAGGAGAGGUAUCACGGGCCUGAGGAGGAAACCCGUGGAGAAGAAGAACCUCCCCGGGAUCACGUUUGGGGUGCGGCUGGACGACUGUCCCCCUGCGCUCACCAACAGGUUUGUGCCUCUGAUCGUGGAGAUCUGCUGUGUGUGUAUUUCAGUCGGUUGUGUGUGUAUUUCAGUCGGCUGUGUGUACGUGUGUGUCCCUCGCCCGUCUGUGCCCCGCUCUCUCUACCUCUCUCUCACUCCUCCUCCCAUCCACUCGCAUUUAUCUCUUCAUUCACUCAACUCUCCCUUCUCUGGUCCACACCGCUUCAUCCGCCUCCUUUCGUUCACCCUCUUUCUGUCUCUGUCUCUUUUUUCUCUCCAGAAAUGGAGGGACCUCAAUGUCAUCAGCAGCUUGCUGAAAUCCUUCUUCCGGAAGCUUCCAGAGCCCCUCUUCACGAACGAAAAAUACGCAGAUUUUAUUGACGCCAACAGAACGGAAGACGCGGUGGAGAGGCUGAAAGUUCUGAAGACGCUGCUCCGUCAGCUGCCCAGUCAUCACUACGAGACGCUCAAGUUCCUCUCUGGGCAUCUGAAAAUGGUGUCUGAGAACUGCGAGAAGAACAAGAUGGAGCCCAGGAACUUGGCCAUCGUCUUUGGGCCCACCCUGGUGAGGACGUCGGAGGAUAACAUGACUCACAUGGUCACCCACAUGCCCGACCAGUACAAGAUAGUGGAGACCCUCAUACAGCAUUAUGACUGGUUUUUCACAGAAGAGGGCACCUUGGAGCCUACGGCCAGCGUGCCCCAGGAGAGUGCGGUGGAGUCCCAGCCCGUGCCCAACAUCGACCACCUGCUCACCAACAUCGGCCGCACCGGGCUCACCUCCCCGGGAGAAGUGUCAGACUCACCCAACAGUGACUCCGCAAGAUCAAAGGGCUCGUGGGGCUCGGGUAAAGAGCAGUACAGCAGGGAGCUGCUCCGCUCCUCCAUCUUCGCCGCUGCCAGCCGCAAGCGCAGGAAGCACAAGGAGAAGCCGCUUCCCAGCAGCUCCGACGACGACCUGGACGCCGUCUUCAUCCGGAAGGAGAGCCAGAACCGGGGCGGCCCGAGCCCGAACCCGAGCCAGAGCCCAGCGCAGAACCAGAACCAGGACUGGGACCAGGACCAGCGGCCCGACAGGGCCAGGCGCCGGGGGAACGCCUGCACAGAGAGCGAGGACGAUGACGCUGGCGCCAGUCAGAUAAACGGCAAACAGGAAGUAGAGCCGUUGCCACCGGAGACGGAGCCGAGGGGGGAGGAGAUAGUCGGGGAGAAGGCCCUCUGCCCCCAGCCGUUCUCCUCCCCCUCCCUCAGUUUCCGUGGAAACGUGGCUCGCCAGUCCUCCCUGUCCGACCCCACCUCCCAGUGCGACGACGCGACCUCUGACCUCGGCACCAUGAACAGCAGCAGCUCCCAGGCCUCCGCCCCCCCGAAACGCCCUGCCCCCUGCCCGGGCCCCGCCCCUGAUCCCCGCGGCAACGAGGCCCUGGCGGAGGUGAGCUCCAUCACCUCGGACUACUCCACCACCUCCUCGCUGACCUGCCCCUUCCUGCUGGGGGCGGAGUCGAGCGCGCUGAGCCCCGAGGUGCGCUCGGUGGCGGAGAGCCGUGGCGACGAGGCGGACGACGAGCGCAGCGAGCUGGUGAGCGAGGGCCGGCCCGCCGAGACCGACAGCGAGAGCGACUUCCCCGUCUUCCCCAAGCCCGACCCGGCCCCGCCCGCCCCCGCCGCCCCGCCCCCGACCCCGCCCCCGCACCCCAAGACGGACAGCUCCUCCUCCGCCGAGGGGGGGCGCAGCGACCGGGAGCCCAGCGCGCUCUCACGCGUCCUGGGCGCCGUCAAGGGCCGGUCCUCCGGCAGCCUGAGCUCCUCCUCCAAGAGCGAGGAGUCGGAGAAGGCGGAGCCUCCGUGGAGGCUGCGCAUCACCGAGCGGCUCAAGCUCCGCCUCCGGAGCUCGGCGGACGACAUGUUCGGGGUGUCGGGGGGCGGGGGGACCCCCUCCAAGGCCCGCUCCCCGGAGGCCCGCCGGAAGAAGGGCAUCCGCCGGCGCCACACCAUGGGGGGCCAGCGCGACUUCGCCCAGCUGGCCGCCGUCGUCAACGACGACUGGAAGGACGGGGCCGGCCGGGGGGCGGAGCUGUCCGCCAUGGACCGGCUCAAGCCCAAGUGCAGCUCGCAGGACUUCUCCAUCCGCGACUGGAUCGUCCGGGAGCGCGGUCGCUCCGGCAACGCCGAGAGGGGGGCCGACUCCGCCCCUUCCGCCGCAGCCACGCCCACAUCGCCUGAGGACCACCCCCUGGGGGCAGAGCAGCUCAACGGAGACAGCCCCCAGGGCAAGAGCAAGGGCGCUCUGAGCCUGUCGGCGGACGCCCACCCCCACAAACUGACAGGAGCUCAAGUGGUGCGCUCGCGCUUUUAUCAGUAUUUAUAAGAGACAGACACAGCCGCCCAGCGCACUGCUGUGUGUGUACAUAUUAUCAGCCAGGGCUACUGCACAUUCAUGGAUAUUUUUUUUUUGUUUUACUCUCACAACAGGGUUAUUAGUGCAAAAAAAAAAUGAGGAAAAAAAAUACUGGAACCAUGUACUGAAUAUGUGUAUCAUCAUUUUAACUGGCGUAUGGUAACUAUUUUGUGGUCCCACCUUGAGUUGGUUAACCCCAGUCAUACUGAAAGACAUCAGAGGCCUUUAUCCACAGGGCUGACUGCGUUAUGCCUUCUGUAUUUAUAAUGAUAAAAGUCCCUUCCUAUUAUGUCACAACACAGAUUUUAAAAAACAAAAAAAGAAAAUAUUAGAAAGGAGCAGCUCUAGUGUCUUAAGCAUUACUGAAGAAUUAUGGGCUUGGCGCGUAACAGGAGCCGUUUUUUGGGAAAGGGGCGACCGUUAUGUGCGGUUGCUUGGCAACGCAGAGGAAGAAUGUAAAUGCUUCGCUGUUCCGUUGACUAAAGCUAAGUUGCUGGUUAUGGGUCUCGUUUUAAAGUGUACUCUAUUGCUCUCUGUGUACUUGAAGCGUCGUUUCCCUUCUGGCUUGGUUCUGUGCUGUGUCGGUGUGGACACGUCUGCGCAGUGCGUCCGUAAACCCGCCAGAACUUUAAAAAAAUAUUUAAAAUAUAUAUCUACCGCUCCGAAAACGAGAGGCGAGUGCCCAACGAACUCCACCGACGCAAUACGCUUUUACCGCCGUUUCCGCGCGAGCGCGGCUCAGCGCCUCUCCCUUCCGGGUUCCUCGCUUCCUCCCGUCAGAUCGCAAAAAAAUAAAACAAAACAAACAAAUACCGAAUAAAGGAUGAGUAAAUCAGAAAUCACAUUUCUUCUCAAAGGAAAGUGCCUCAUUAAAUUGCGGGUGGGUUAGUUGCUUUUGGGUGCCAUAUUUGUCUUUUAUUGAAAUGUGAGAAGAUGCCGGCUUAUUCAGUAAUUUUACAGGUUUAACAAACAACGGGCAAAUUCUGCGCUUCCAUUCUUUUCGGCAUUCCACUUGGGUCUUAACAUGUUUUAUACUUUUUAUUUUCUUUCAUUUUGGAUUUUAAUGGAACUUGAAUUUUAAAUAUUUCUGUAUAAAAUAAGUAACUUAAGUGUAAAUAUUCAGUGUUUUAGCUGCUUUUUAUUCUGUUGAAUGGCAGGUUUUUUUGUAAGUAUUGUAAUAUAGGCAUGUAGAUAAAAAGGACCGUCAUCUCAGAAGCUGCAUGGAAAAGGUACUUCCUGUAACUGGACCCAGUCUUGUGCUGUCUGCAGUUAAACUGGGGCGUGAACCCCCCAAAUCACUGGAAAUAAAAACCGUUAAUGUGG